AUGUCCGACGCAGUUUCGAUCGAGCAGAACAACAAGAUCCGAGUAUCCCUGGGGCUCCCGCCUCUGCCUGUCACUGGCGCCGCCGCCGGCCCGACCUUCCAGGAAGACGACAGCGGAUCUGGAUCCGAAUCCGACGAAGAGCCCGCGAGCACCGUCGAAACUCGCCAAGCGCAAGGAUACGAGAACUGGAAGAAGCUCCAGGAUGAGGCGGAAGCGAAGAAAAAACGGGAGGAAAGGAACUCUGCCAUCAAAAAGGCACGCGAUGCGGCUCAGAGAAAUCUGAAGCUGGAGGGCGCCACCCUUGGAGAAGCAGAUGGCGCCGGCCUCGACACCAAAGCCUGGCUGAUGCAGUCCAAGAAGCGCACCAAGAAGAUCGAAAAGGAACGUGCGCGCAAACUCGCCGAGGAACUUGCGGAGCGAGAGCGCGAGGCGGCCGCCCAGUACACUGCUGCAGAUCUUGCGGGUGUAAAGGUCGGACACGCCAUCAACGAUUUUGGAGAUGGCGAGGACCACAUCCUGACCCUGAAGGACACUGCAGUGGACGAGGACGAGGACGACGAACUUCAGGAUACCAACCUGGUCGACAAGGAAAAGACCCAAGAGCGACUGGAGCUGAAGAAGAAAAAGCCCAUCUACGACCCUACCGCCGAGAACCAGGGCAUCCUUUCACAUUACGAUGAGGAGAUUGAAGGCAAAAAGCGGAAGCGAUUCACACUAGAUGCCAAGGGCUCGACGGAGGAGGAACGAGCCGCCAAGCGACAGGAGGUCUCUGAAGGACUGAAGAGGGGCGCCAUCAGUCUGAACAUCGAGCCCGAAGUCCCGACCUCGGAUUAUAUGGACAUCAGUGAGGUGAAGAUCAAGAAGCCGAAAAAGAAGAAGAGCAAGGCUACAAGACAACGAACUGUAAUCGAUGAUGAGGAUAUGCUCGGUGGAGCCGACUCGACAGGUACGCCAGCUGGGGCCUCAUCUAUGGAAAUCGACUCUGGAAAUGGGACACCGGCUGCCCCGGCCCCGCGAAGGACGAUUGAUCAGAAUGUUUCCUUUGUCGAUGACGAUGACCUCCAGGCAUCACUGGCGGCCUCACGGCGUGCGGCGUUCAAGAAGCGCAAGAAGAUGCGCCCCGAAGACCUCGCACGACAACUUCGUGAAGAAGAAUCGCAAACUCCCAUGGAGGUGGAAAAUGGCGAAGAGGACGCCGAGGAACCUGGCCUUGUCCUCGAUGAGACCACCGAAUUCGUCUCCAACCUCCAGAAACCCGUCUUGCCCGAGCAGGAGGAACGACGAGCCACAACCCCUGCUGCUCCUGCCGCGCCUGCUACCGAGCCCGUGAAGAAAGAAGAGGACGAAACCGGAGACGUCGAUAUGGAGCGUUCUUACAACGACAUCGAAGACGAUGAAGAUCUCGCAGAGCGUCUUAAGAACGAGAAAGAGGCCGAGGGCGAGCAAACCCAGAAGCUCACCGGAACUGGAUUGGAAGAAGAGUCUACACUGGAUUCAGGCCUGGGAUCUACAAUGUCUAUGUUACGACAGCGUGGUCUUGUCAAGGAGACCGACGGCGGAUCUGCGAACGCAUUGAUGCGUGACCGGGAGCGUUUCCUGCAAGAGAAGCACCGCCGCGAAGCCGAGGCCGAACGCCAUGCUCGGGCGCAGCGUGAGCGCGACCGUAACUCCGGCAAGCUGGACCGCAUGUCGGCGCGGGAUCGUGAAGAGUACGCGUCGUGGCAGAACCGACAGCGUGACCAGCAGGAAGCGCGCCGUAUGGCCGAUGUGUUCAACAAGGAGUACAAGCCGGAUGUGCAGCUCAAGUAUACGGACGAGUACGGACGGUCGAUGAACCAGAAGGAGGCAUUCAAGCAUCUGAGUCACCAGUUCCACGGUAAGGGCAGCGGCAAGAUGAAGACGGAGAAGCGGUUGAAGAAGAUCGAAGAGGAGAAGAAGCGCGAGGCAAUGGGGGCUCUGGACAGCAGUCAGCACACGGGCAUGAACAAUGCGCGCGAGGAGACGGCGCGCAAGAAGCGCCAGGCUGGUGUGCGCCUGGGGUGA